AUGCGCUGGCUCACUGGCACUACUAAGAAUUGGAUUGCUGCAUAUAAGGAGGCUUACCGCUGCCUGGAGCCUGGUGGUUGGAUUAAACACAUCGAUGCGUCGGGUAUAAUCUACUCGGAGGACAAUACUAUAAAUGAGGAAAAUGCUAUGGUUCAAUGGGGCAAGAUUUGGCAGGAGGCUGGAAGAAAAUCCGGAAACCCAGUUGAUCUACUCGAAAGGAAUUUGCAGGAAUGGGGCAUGGAAGAGGCCGGUUUUAUCCCGGUUUCGCAAUGGCCGAAGGAUGAGAAGAGGAAGGAGCUCGGCCAAUUCUUUUACCUCGUCUACACGCAAGAUCUUGAGGGCCUCUGCCAGUAUAUGUUUGGCACCGUCAGGGGCUGGCCACAAGAGAAGAUUGCUGUUUACUUGGCCCACCUGAGAGCCGAGUUGAAGAACAUGAGCCUUCACGGGCUCAUCGACUUCCGCGUGGUUUAUGCGCAAAAGCCGUUGGAUGCUGAGGAUUGA